AUGAAACCAGUUCACAGUAUUCUCUUUCUUGCGGUUUGUGCAUGGUUAUCUCUCGCUGCGCCUACUGGUUCUGAUGCACUAAGCGAGCGAUCCGAUGACACAUACUCCAACAAUGCGCGCGCUAUUCAGUGGGUCGAGCGUCAAGAGGAGGCCGACGGCCCUGACGGUGACGAUUAA